CAGUGUCAAAACCUCCAACACCUCACAACAUGCUGAAAACACCCCCACUGGCGACCCCCAAACCUCGACUCCAAUUCCUCCGCACCACCAUCAAUUCCGUCACUAAUCACCACUCUCGUCGGAAAAUCAUCCGGUGUCAACAUUCCAAUACCAUCACAAACCGAAAACCCAGAAUCCUCUGCCUCCAUGGGUUCCGAACAAGCGGCCAAAUCUUCAAAACCCAAAUGAACAAAUGGCCACAAUCAGUACUCAAUAACCUCGACUUGUUCUUCCCCGACGCGCCCUUUGAUUCUAACGGCAAAUCGGGAGUUGAAGGGGUUUUUGAUCCGCCCUAUUACGAGUGGUUCCAGUUUCAUAAGGAUUAUAAGAGAUAUGAGAAUUUUGAUGAGUGUGUUGAGUAUAUAGAAGAAUGUAUGAUUGAACAUGCACCCAUUGAUGGUUUGCUUGGGUUCUCACAGGGAGCAAUUUUGUCAGCUGCGUUGGCAGGACUGCAAGCUAAGGGGAUGGCAUUGACAAGAGUACCAAAGAUCGGAUUUUUAAUGAUAAUUUCAGGGGCAAAAUUGAUAAAUGAGGCAUUGGCUGAGAAGGCUUAUUCACCCCCACUCCAGUGUCCAUCUCUCCAUUUUUUAGGUGAUAAAGAUUUCAUAAAGCCACAUGGGAUAGAACUCCUGAAAUCGUUUGAAAAUCCUAUGGUAAUUCAUCAUCCUAAAGGCCAUACAAUUCCAAGACUUGAUGAGGAAGGCUUGGAGACGAUGUUAAAAUUCAUGGAUAGGAUUCAAAAAAUUGUUUCCGACAAGGAAGAUAUAGUCGCAUGCAAUAACAAUUAAGCAUCUUGUUAUAGUCAUCAUCAAUAAAACAUGUAUCAAUUCAAUGUUUGUGGUUAGAUCUAGAUUAAUUGAGAAUAUUCUUGUCAUGUGAAAUCCACAUUCAAAGUUACUUGCUAUAUCGAGUUUAUAGUCCCUUCCACAUACUCGAAUCACAAUCUAGUUUCUAGCUCAGGUGGACACUUGCAUUUUCCGCCGAUCUUCGCUUUCUCUUGUAGAGUUGUUAUGGAGUUUCACAAGCAUUUGAAGCUGGAUAAGAAGCAAGUGGAAGUCAUACAUGCUUUGGCUAUCAUUGUGUGUUGGUCCAUUUUGAAGUCUAGGAAUUUAAAGGUUUUUUCUAACAUUAAUCGGAGGGGCUUGGAUAUUAUUGGCGAGGCUAAGUCAUUAGGUUUUUUAUGGUGGAAGCGUAUGUCUAAACAUAAGUCUCUUGUUUGAAGAGAUUAAUGUAAAGAUCAUUUGUAUAUGUUGCAAGUGUUGUUUGGUUGGAGGUUUUGCGUU